CCUCUCCUCUUUCCAAACUCUUUCCAACCCACCAUUAUCACCACCCACUUCGGCAACUCACUACUGAAUGCCCAUGAUUUGCCUAUAUAUUCUACCCUGUAUCCUGGUCACUGUCUUUACUGUGGUAGUUCUGUGCGACACUUUCCUGCAGAAUAGUCGGGAUAGGACCUAUACUCCAGCGACCGGCGGAGGAGCACAAGAACCAGAACAGCAACAGCAACGACAAGAAGAAGAAGAAGAAGAAGAAGUGGUUGCCACGCCUUGGGAUUCCGACGAGGGUACUGCUUGUGAGGGACCCGAAAGUGAAAGCGAAACAGAAGGCGAGAGUGAGGACGAGAGUGAGAACGAAAGUGAGAACAAAAGUGAGAACAAAAGUGAGAACAAAAGUGAGAACAAAAGUGAGAACGAAAGUGAAUACGAAAGUGAAGAAGGGGAGACCAUGGCUUCGAAUACGGAGAAUAUUGAUAAUGACUGGGACAAGCUAUCCCAGGAUGGAAGUGAAAUCUGGAAAGAUGACUUCGGGGCAGACUAUUAUGCCAACGGCGACGACGAGCCUGCCUACGGCGACGAGUUUACAUGCGACGAAUUAAUCGAGGUCAAAGACUCAGUUGAUCUCUGGACCGAUAUCAACGUUAACAAGGAGGGCAGGAGUGCCCAUCGUCACCUGCCUCCUAACAAAAUGAGGCCUCAUGGUCAGAUAACCGAGACACCGACCGUGCCAGGACGGGUUGACUCCAAUGAGAACACAAUCGAACCUCGGGAGACGACACUACUGACGAUAGAGAAGGCUUUCCUCGAGCUUUCGGAAGCGCUUUCGAACCGCCACCUCAAAAAACAAUCAUCUAAGGCAACCGAAGCCGAGGCUUCAGAGCUUCUUGGGACAACGUUGGCCAAGAAGACAGUUGAACCGGACCCUCCGACCCCCAAGCCGAGAGAGACAUUCAGCAGCAUAAUGGAGGACUACGAAGUGUCCUUCCAGGAACGAGGGGCGGUCCGUCGCGGCGAGAAAGGGCCCACGCCGUUCCUAAGCGAGAUGGAACGGGUCUAUAACUCUCCGACGUACUGCGAGGUGACGAAACGAGAGCUUCUAGAAGAUGGCAUGCUGAAUGCAAGACGCAUGGAAAAUGCCCCGUCCCGCGCCGAUAGCUCGCGGUGGAAGGCAUGCUUCAUUUCGUGCAAGAGCAUGAUCCAGGCUCUCGAUCAUUCUCGGGAGGGGUCGUCCAACUGAGGAUGCUACUCCUAAUCGUCAGGCCUUCAUUGACGGAACCACCACCAAACGUGGGUAAAAUAUCAACCACCCAAACUCGUCUAUUUACUUUUCCUUAUGAAGUCCUUGAUGGUAAAAACUUAUUAUUACAACUGAAAAAAAAACGAAAAAAAAAAAAAAAAAAGGAAAAAACUCAGAAAACCUCCCAAAAUACCUGUUGAUUAAUGAUAUUUAUAUGAUUUUGUUCUUGGUGGUUUCGGGGAGUCGGCGUCUCACAGUUCGAGAGAAGGAGUCUUGGCGUUAAUAUUGGCAAAUACCUACCGUUCGUUACCUAUAAGGAUGUACCAGCUGUCAAAUGGGCCUGACCAUGGCAGAGUCUAUUUUAUAGUACGUUGGUAGUGUAUUCGAUGUUUCUUUUCGAAUUAGCAGAUCCCUCUUAGCAAGAAAGUUCAA